GACAGAGGUGGAUAGCGGUAAGAGCCGAUCUAAGAGCUCAGUGUACCAGCAGCAGCAGCAAGUCUGCAAGGUGCGGGAGAGGAACUGCUUCAGUGUAGCGCUGCACAGCCAAGUACAGGGCUGACAGACAGUCGUGUCUUCAUCAACACAAAAAAACACAACUUUGUUUAUUAACACUUCCGUGUUCAAAAUGGCUGAUCCGGUUGGCAGUGACGGCGAGGAGACCACCGCCCGUGGUUUUGCCAGAACUGGGGCUCUGAGGCAGAAAAACGUCCAUGAAGUUAAAGAUCACAAGUUUAUUGCCCGGUUCUUCAAGCAACCGACCUUCUGCAGCCACUGCACAGACUUCAUCUGGGGAUUCGGGAAGCAAGGAUUCCAGUGUCAAGUCUGCUGCUUUGUGGUGCACAAACGCUGCCAUGAAUUUGUCACUUUCUCUUGCCCCGGUGCAGAUAAGGGACCAGACUCCGAUGAUCCCAGGAGUAAGCACAAGUUUAAGGUCCACACUUACUCCAGCCCAACUUUCUGUGAUCACUGCGGCUCCCUGCUCUAUGGCCUCCUACACCAAGGGAUGAAAUGCGACCAUUGCUUGAUGAACAUUCACAAGCGCUGUGUAGCCAAUGUUCCCAGCCUGUGCGGUACGGACCACACCGAGCAGAGAGGGCGGAUAUACAUCACUGCCAAUAUCGUCAAGGAGAUCCUCACCGUGAAGAUUAAAGAUGCUAAGAACCUGGUACCCAUGGACCCCAAUGGCCUCUCAGACCCCUAUGUCAAACUGAAGCUGAUCCCCGACCCAAAGAGUGAGAGCAAGCAGAAAACCAAAACUAUCAAAUGCUCUCUUAACCCAGAGUGGAAUGAGACUUUUACAUUCAACCUGAAAGAGUCGGAUAAGGACCGGAGGUUGUCUGUCGAGGUCUGGGACUGGGAUCUGACCAGCCGGAAUGACUUCAUGGGAUCCCUGUCGUUCGGAAUCUCCGAGCUUUAUAAGUUAGGAGUCGAUGGCUGGUUCAAGCUGCUGAGCCAGGAGGAAGGGGAGUACUUCAAUGUUCCUGUCCCACCUGAGGGGGAGGAAGGCAACGAGGAGCUGAGGCAGAAGUUUGAAAGAGCCAAAAUUGGACCAGGCAUCAAGAAUAAAGAAGGAUCAUCCUCAAACACAAUAUCCAAAUUUGACAACAAUGGGAACAGAGACCGGAUGAAAAUGUCAGACUUCAAUUUCCUAAUGGUUCUGGGCAAAGGGAGCUUUGGAAAGGUGAUGCUGGCGGACCGGAAGGGCACGGACGAGCUGUAUGCAAUCAAGAUCCUAAAGAAGGACGUGGUGAUUCAGGAUGAUGAUGUGGAGUGCACCAUGGUGGAGAAGAGGGUGCUGGCGCUGUCCGGGAAACCUCCCUUCCUCACACAGCUCCACUCCUGCUUUCAGACCAUGGACCGCCUGUACUUUGUCAUGGAGUACAUCAAUGGUGGAGACCUGAUGUACCAGAUCCAGCAGGUUGGCAAGUUCAAGGAGCCCCACGCUGUGUUCUACGCAGCAGAAAUUGCAAUAGGUAUCUUCUUCCUGCACAGCAAGGGCAUCAUUUAUCGGGACCUCAAGCUGGAUAACGUAAUGCUCGACUCAGAAGGACACAUUAAGAUCGCCGACUUUGGCAUGUGCAAAGAAAACAUGUGGGAUGGAGAGACCACUAAGACUUUUUGUGGGACGCCUGAUUACAUUGCUCCCGAGAUCAUUGCUUACCAGCCUUAUGCCAAGUCAGUGGACUGGUGGGCUUUUGGUGUUCUGCUGUACGAGAUGCUAGCUGGACAGCCCCCCUUUGACGGGGAAGAUGAGGACGAGCUCUUCCAGUCCAUCAUGGAGCACAACGUCUCGUAUCCCAAAGCUAUGAGCAAGGAAGCGGUGGCCAUCUGCAAAGGGCUGAUGACCAAGCACCCUGGGAAGAGACUGGGCUGCGGGCCAGAGGGGGAGCGUGACAUCAAAGAGCACGCCUUCUUCCGCUACAUAGACUGGGAGAAGCUGGAGAACAAGGAGGUCCAGCCGCCCUUCAAGCCCAAGGCUAAAAAUAAGAGGGACACAGGAAACUUUGACAAGGAGUUUACCAAGCAGCCCCUAGACCUCACUCCCACCGACAAACUUUUCAUCAUGAACUUGGACCAAGAUGAGUUUGCAGGAUUCUCCUACAUGAACCCUGAAUUUGUAAUUGAGGUCUAAUGGCAUUGCUAACGUUUCAAUUUAAAGGUGCAGUGCACUCUCUUUGAAGGUGGGAGGGGUGUUUAAUUGUCAGGUGUAUACCAGGUUGCUGUAAAGUCACCUAGUCAUUUUGGUGUGGGACACUUUCUGCAGAGCAGUUUCAAAGCUGGUAGUUAUGCCAUUUUUAUGUUCAAUACGACCAACUUUUGUUUUACAGCAUUUGGAUAACAUUAAAGCCAGCUGAACACUGCAUUUCCAUUUGGACACUAAAUACAUUUUGAGGUGUGACUGACUGAGGUGUGUUCAGCGGUAACUUGUUUUUUCCAACAGAAGGAAGGCAAAAUGGCCACGUCCCUUUACAGCCACCAUCUGUGUACAGUACCUGCAUGUGUGAAAUAGCUUUCCAUUGUGCAAACCAGAUCUUGUUGUGUCUGGGGAUAUAGAAACAUAAUAAUGUAAAUUAGGCUUUAAAAUAAGUGUCUGAUAGAGAUAAAUUACUGUCAUGUUGUAAGAUGAGAAAGUAUGGGCUGUAUCCUCAAUUGAAGUACAUGCAAGUAAAAUGGAAGGUAUCUAACUGUUUUAAUUUGGGAAAGUAUUCAACUUUUCCCAGUGCUAUUUAUGAACAAUAACCUGAUAUUUUGUACUUAAACGUCUAUUCCUAUGUGUUUUUUUUCAAAGAUGGAAAUUGACACUGACAUAAUGACAUUUCAAUUAAUGACACUUGUUGCAAAGAGUUUCCAAAUAUUUCUAUUCGGGCUGAUUAGGUCAGUAUGUUUGACAAACACAUGAGCGCCUCCAGCCGGACAUUAACUAAUAUCCUCAGCUAGUUUUUAUUGAAGCAUUAUUAGGGGUGGGGAAAAAAGAAAAUAAAUAAAAACAUGAGUAUGCUGUAUAUUCUAAAAGUGAACUUUUAUGCAUGCCUGUUUAGUUUACUAUGAUGUCUAAUUUUAGUAAGUUCAAAGGUCGCUGCUGACGCUGAAUACAGUACUUGUUGGCUGUUUUUUGUUUCUUCCUAAUAACUUGCAUAUCAUUUAUAAAAAUCAAAGAUAUCUAGAAGUCUUCCAGGAUAUUUCGUAAAAAGAGUUAUCUAUAUAUAGUAUAUAUAUAGUAUAUUGUAAGUUUACACCAUACAAUUGUAUCACCAUUAUAAAGUGAAUUAAGCAGCUGCUUCUAAAGUAUGAUGAAAGAUGAGAUUGUAUACUAUGUUUUUAUUUAUUCAUUUAUUUAUGUGUGUAGGUAUGUAUUUAUGUAUAACCAGGAGAAUAUGGGGGCUGGAAAUCUAACACAAACUGACUGCAGCAAAUAUAAUUGGUAAUGCUAGUAUAAUUUAUGAUAAAGCAAUAAAGCGUAUCCACAGAAAACGUAAGAGCUUCAGGUUGUUUGUACGUACUUAAAAUCAAGCACAUUCAUCAUAUCCCAAACGAAUAUGAAGAUUCAUUGUCCAUUGGAGCCGAUUAGUAAAGGACAAUAGACAGUGAACGACAUAUCAGAUGUUAAUCUGUGUUUCGCUGGGUUGACAUGUUAUAUGACAUACUGGAGUGCCAAGGUUCUGGAACUCAGACAUGUAACACGGCAGGCAAACCUUUUAUUGCAUUUCUGUCAUAAAAAUAUAGUAAAAUGUCAGGGAAGGUCCUAAUUUAAUGAUUUAAUGAACGGGGGUAUGUAGAUUAAUUUAAUAGACGGCUCUAUGUUGUGGGUUCUUACUUAUUUUUAAUACCAUCUGUAUAUGAUACCAAAAGUUUGCUAUACAUGCAUAGAAUAUGCACAUUUCACAAAUUCUCAGUACAAUUAUAGUAUCGAUUUAAGUGUUUUUUACAACAACUUCAGAUAUAUAUAUUUAAGACAAGGCAAGCUAAAUCCCUAGCUAUUCUUUACACUUGCAUAUCUUUAUUUUCUAAAGAUAUACAAAAGCUUCAUCAAAUGGAUUAAGCAUGCUCAUUAAUAUCUUGUUAAAUGUGGAGUGUUGUACCUGGAGUUAAAUGUGACACACUAAUGCAAUGCACCACCACGUUUGCAGUGCAACUUGGAAUGAAUGUGUGAAGUGAUCAGCUUUUGAUCGGAUCACAUUUUAGUCCCCCAGGCAAUAUGUUUUUUUUUCCCAGAUAUCCCUCACAAAUCCCUUGGCCUGUAGUGCUGGCCUGCACUGGUGCUGCUGGCCCUGGGGGAUUCACAGUAAUCAAAACCAGCAGAUGAUCACAGAGUCUCCUAACAAUAUCCACACCAGAGUGCCGGAUGAAUCGAUGCAGACAAUACUGGAGACCUGUGAAGUUUGACAAAGCCUUUCUUACUUUGUCUGCAUUCUCUCAACCCAGAACUGCAUAUACAAUUCAUUAACUAUUUACACGGCAUGCUGAAUUUAGAAAUGCCUCUGUGUCACACUGCUGUACACCAAAGUAAAAGCAUAGCAAACCAUUGUAAAGAACAGCGGGUAUGCUCCCGAGUGGCGCAUCCAGUAAAGGCGCUCCACGCGGAGUACAGGAUGUGCCCUAUAGCCUGGAGAUCGCAGGUUCGAAUCCAGGCUAUGUCACAGCCGACCGUGACCGGGAGUUCCUAGGGGGCGGCGCACAAUUGGCUGAGUGCUGCCCGGGUAGGGAGGGCUUAGGUCGGCAGGGGAAUCCACGGCUCACUGCGCAUCAGCGACCCCUGUGGCCGAUAGGGCGCCUGUGGCUCUGCAGCGGAGCCGCCAGAUCUGUGUUGUCCUCCGGCACUAUAGGUCUGGUGGCAUUGCUGUGGAUCUGCAGUGCGAAAAAUGACAGCUUGACAGGAGCACGUUUCAUGGUUAAAGGGCACUCUGUGACAUUUUUUAAUAACUUAGAUUCUAAUCCUUUUUCUCUCUUUUUUUCUUUAAUUGUGACAUAUACCAAGCCCAUUCCUGGCUAUGGAAGUAUAAUCCUUUAAAAAGCAAUCUCCUUUUUAAUGAAAACAAGCAUGGAGUAUUGAAGCAAAGCAAAUGCAACCAUGUGAAUUAUUACACACAAUUCUGAAUUAGCAACCACAGGGGCUGCUGAACUUAGGAAGUUGGACAAUACUGUUCCAGCAAUUAAACUGAUGCAUGCAACUUCCUGAAGUCUGAAUUAUAGCAUACCUGUGCACUGAGAUUUCUUUUGAUGCUCCGUAUAUAUUUCAACUGUAACUUAACAACUGAACUGUGCAAUGCUAAAAUCAAUUCUUAUUAAAAAAAUGAAAGCCAACAAUAAAAAUGGCUUCUAGGGGAAGCAACUCCAGAAUGUACUUUCCCAUCCUGACAUCCUGCUUGGUUCUGUUAAAUAUGUGACUUGGCAAGCAGUUACCCAGAAACCACAGGGUUUAUUGCACCGUUCCAAAAAAAAGAUUGUUAUUGCGCAUGUAUAUUUCAAGCUUUAAAAAUAAAACUGGUAACACUUUACAUUAGGUUAAUCGCCUUGUAAUAAAAUAGUAAUUACACAGCUGCUUGUUAAAUUUAGGCUUAAUAGCUCAAUUACAAAAAAUGGUUGCAGUUGCCAGCGCCUUUGAUUAUUACACUGUUUUUACUGACGCGAUUGUAUAUUUCCAAUGCAAUUACUAUGUAAUGUGCAAUUACAGUGUAAUUACAGUGUAGCUAGAGAUUGACACAAACUGGCUGUGUUAAUGAGCAAAGACAUAUGUGCUAAGAUCCCUCAGGACUGUAAUAGAAUAAUUAAUAAUUUUAAAAAAGUUUCAAACUGAUUAAUUGAGAGGUUAUUGUGAGGGUUGGGGCUGUGGGUACCCUUAGGGGGUUAGUGUCUGUUAAUUACUAAGAGCUUAUUAGGAUCUAAUUGCUAUUUAUUGUGGUUUUCACAGUGGAGUUUCCUAUAGCACAAACUGAAGGGACAUUAUUUUACUUUGAAAUGCUUGGGUUUAACUUCUAAUAAGUUACCAAACAAGGAUUUGCAGCACCAGAGAUUUUACUGUGAUUUGAAUUGCCUUUUGUUUUCUAAUAUCAUGGUUGACUUUACAUCAGUGUUAGGGUAUCAUAUAUAACAUUCUGUACACAGGAUUUAGUUAAAGAGUAGGUUAACUAAACAAGCAUGUUUUAACUAUAAGCAUGCACAAAGACACAUCCAAAGUUACGAAUACCUUACGAUGCAAGACAUUUUUGUUUUGUAGUUUUUAUUUAGCAGAGAGCAAAAAAUCGUAACAGUUGAAAAUAGCAACUUGCGCUGUGCAAACGAACCCUUUUCACACAGCUCCAGGAAGCUAUAUAGCACAAUGAGAGUGUGAAUAUUCACACUGAUGAAAAACAAAAGGUUUGUUUCAAAUCAGAGAAAGGAAAAUAAUAAGUAAAAAGAAUAUUUUUCCGUGGCUAGCGGAUAUUCAGCAGUGGGCCUGUCUUUGAUGAUUCUCAUCAUCCUAAAGGUUAUAGAAGCUUGAGGUGGGUAGCCGUCAUUAAAUAGUAAUAAGCAGUACUGUCGCUACGUAACAUGUAGGCUUAAUUACAUAUGCUGUUACAUUGUGUUAUUAUUAUGUUUCAGCAUGUGUAUGUAAGUAUAGUGCAAUUGCAAAACCUGUUAUCAGCUUCUGAAAACAUUAGGCCGCCUGACUGAGGACCCUCACCCGAUAGAAAUGUGCAAUUUAAUUCUUUCCCUUGUAAUGUACAUACUUUGCUUUGGAAAUGAAGGUUAGACAUGUACACUAGAUGUGAUAUCAAGCUAGUAAGUGUUCAAUUUGAUAAAGAAAUCCCAGUCAUUUAACAGCAGUGUUUGUGUAAAUUAAUGUAUCACCCGGCCUUGGGAAUACAGCUUUUGUUAGGUUUCUGUGUUGUUUUGCUGCAUCCCCCUAACUCCAUCUUGCCAUCUGACAUGCAUUGCUUGGUCCCUGGAAGCAUGUUGUCAGUUUAAUUGUCUUGCUUUUUCAUUGGAGGCUCUAAGAUAAAUGAUAAGCAAUGUCUUUCAGGCACCCUAAACACAAUGGCUGUAUUUCUGGGAUUUACUCGGAGGUUAGGGUAAUCACAUACUUUUCUUCAUCUGAUAGCGAUUUGAGGUUUCAUAUAGUCAACCCUUCAGAAUGCUAAAACACACUCAACUGCUCCAAACUCGUCCCAGUAAGCAGUGCUGAGCGCUUAGGAAGCGCAAGACUGAGCAAAUGAUGGUGUAUGGACUUGGUUCAGCUAUCAGCUUCGAACCUCACUGAACUUUUGUGUCUGAGGCAGGAUAGAGUGAAGAGCCUGAUAAGAAUGCAGUGCAAAGGAAAGCAAAGUUAGCAUGCUAUCCACACUGAAUAAUAAGGAGAAAAAAUGUAUCUUAUCAAAAAAUGGCAGCAUUUUUUUUUGUAUGCUAAUAUAGCUGCUCUUGUUACCUGUGCAAGGGCAAAAGUGCUAUGCUUCCCUGCCUCCAAAGUAAUUUCUAUGCUAAUAAGACUCUCAAUAAGAUAAGGCAACCAGUGAUGUGUCUGUAUUCUGACGCAGAAUUUGUGCAUGGGAGUGUUGCCAGAAUUUAAAGAGACUUUUGGUUUGCUGCUUUCUUUCUCCUCAGUCUCUGUUGCAAAGUAUUCAGAACCAGUCCUGUAUUAAUUAUGAAAGAAUGAUAUUGUAGCAUGAUGUAUCUCUGGGACUUGAAUCUAGUAGUAGCUGUAUAACAGAGUCUUCCGUUAUGUGUGCAACAAUAAAAUGUAUCAAAAAGUUAUAUAAUGUUACCACAGCAACUGUUCCUAAGAGUAUUGAGAGUGUUAAUAAUGAUGUGUACAUUGUGACAGUGCGUAAUGCUUUCAAACAAUGGACAAACAUUUAUAUGAAUAACAGCUAUUCCAGUGUGAUUCAUAUGUAUUUUUGGCUAUUAUAAACUGUAAUCUUUAUGAUAAUUACAUAUGUGAGGUCAUUGCUGGUGCAUUUUUUUUUAAGUGCUGCUAUUAAAAUAGUGCAAGAAAAUGUUAAUACUGAAUUAUAGCAAAAUACCUCCUUAUGCUUUAUAAUACAAUCUUUUUAAUGAAAUAUUCAAGCAGAAAUGUAGAAGAUAAACGCUUGGAAUGAUGAUAGUGUCUUCUUUGAUAUAUACUUUGUACUGUAUUUCAAUGUUUUUAACUUUUGGUGAUUUUUUUUGUUGUAAUUUAUAAAUGAUAUGUCAACACCACAGGUGUCAUCAUGUAUUCUGGUACAGUUCAUUUCUAAAGUAUAAAUGUUAGAACUGUUUUAUUGAAUACAUUGGCCUUGUCUUAACCGCAUGCUCUCUGCAGUAUGACAUUUGAAAUGAAUAUCUCAAAUUUACCUCCAUAUUGGCUGCCUCUCCUGAUGUUGUGGUCUGUUAAUAAUGUCAACUAAAAUAAAGUGCUUUGAAAUACCACUGCUUAAUUAUUCUACAUGAGAGAGGC